AUGCCGACUCCUCAUGGUCCCAGAGUCGAGCGGACUCCGCGGGCUGCGCGGUCAGCCAUGGGCGGCCGUUCAGGCUCCGGCGCGCAGCGCGCAGGUGGCCGGGGAAGGCAAGGCGUCCGGGAUCGGCCGGGGAGGAACGGAGACCCCGCUCGCCCUGCAGCCCCGCGGCUCGCGCAGCUGCGGCGCCGGACGCGCGAGGCGCGGUUAAUGUUUCAUCCGCCUGAUCUCUGCGCUGGGUCCGGGUCCGGGUCCGGGGCGGCCUCCCUCCCCCCGCCGGCAGGCACCCGCGCUUCUCCGAGGGCGGCCGCGUCACUCACUGCCCGCGGCCUGGGCGAGACGCGCGUCGCCGCCGCCGCUCCGGAAGCCGCGUGGGGUUCCCCCGCCGCAGCCCAGCUCUGGGGAUGCGAGCCGCAGGCCCAUGCAAGGCCGAGCACGUCCCUCCUGGGCCACCGGCCAGACCCGGACAGGUUAAGGCGUGAAGGUGAAAAGGUCACAGCACUGGCAGGCUGCCACCCGGCCGGCGGUGCCAGGAAGGGUGCGAGGAUCGCCUCUCCGCAUGCCUGUGCUGCGACGCGCCUCCGGGGAACCCGAGGGGCGAGCCAGCCCAAGCCCACUCCAAGGGCCCGGGGUCGCAGCCCCCUGCCAGCCUCCUCUGCCCGGCGGGGCAGCCCGGAGAAGAGGGCCAGGGCCCCUUCCCACAGUCCGGCCCUCCUCGCCCAGCGCCCAGUCCGUGCAGCCUCUCGCAGCCGGGGCUUCCGGGCAGCUCGGGCACCUGCGCGGCUGGAGCGCAUCUCACCCGAGCCACCUGCCCGGGAGGUGGUGGUGCUGCGCCAGCCAGCGAAGCCUGCAAGCCUCACGCGGGACCCUUUGCCGGGGCCGCCCGAGGACCGUCCGCCUUGUCGCUUGGUGUGCAGCGCGGCUCGGCACACCGUCGAUGGCAGGGUGGGGCGGAGUGGAGCUGACCGCCUGGCUUGCACAGCCGCGGGCUGUGGGCCCGAGAGAACUGCACAGGGAGCGGAGGAAGCGGGGUGCAGGGGCCCCAAGCGAGUCGGCCAACACGGCGACAGCGAGGCCAUCCCGGCUCCCCCGCUCUGUCCAGGGGUGCAGGAUGGACUUCGCCCCCCAAGAGGCCAUGGCGUUGCCUGGAUCGGGUAG